CGAGACCCCCGUGUCAAAGUGUGCGGGGUCGGGUGAGAGCAAGUGGAGCCAUGCGUCGCUCCGCUGCCCCGAGCGUCAAGAGGGCUCGCUUCAUGCCGCCUCCUGCUGCUGCUGCCCAUCGCCCUGCUGCUGCUGCUGCCCCUCAGCCCAAGUGGCUGGACAUGUGUCCCAAGAUGCCUCAAGGGACCGCAGAUAUGGUUGUGAAGAGCCCAGAACCUCCCAACAGCCAGGCAACCACCAUGCCCGACCCACCUGAUUUAUCAGACAAAACAUUGCUCUCCAACCAGCAAGGAGAUGUCGAAGCAGAUCUUAUCAAAAGGCCCGAGGCAGCAAGGACCUUCUUGGUGCCAAGAAAACACAUCUACAAUUCUCUUACCCCAAAAUCACCUGCUGCAAUGAAAGUGCAGCGUUCCGAGGAACAGAAUGACCACACUGCAGAGAACAAUCCAAUGAAAGAUAACGGGGAUUGUUCCGCUACAAAGUACUACAGUGUAAUGUGGGGUAAAGCAUCCAAGAAGAAGCACAAGAAGUGGGAGGGCGAUGCUGUUCUGAUCACAAGUGGCCGAUUGGUGAACCUUAAAGACAUGGAAGGCAAGGACAUCUGCAAAGGUACAGGCUACAACAAGCGUGAGCUGGAGAGCCUGUCGGAGGGACAUACUUUGGUGAUCAGCGGAAAGGAGAUCGAGGUGAUGGGGUUGAUUUCGUGUGAAGAUUACGCAAACGGAAGGUGCUUCCAGGUCUCCGGCGCCAGCUGCGACUCGGCCGCUUCUAUUGCCACUCCGAACAAGGCUGCUAGGCCCUAUGCGAGCCCCUUCCGGGCCGUCACAGGAGCACCAGAGAAGUCCCGCGUCACCGAGACAAAAGUCUACAAGCCUCGCUUUAACCCCUUUGCUCCAAAUGCACUUGUGAUGCCCCAGCCAAGUCCUGCCCAUCAGUGGCAGAACAAUGCGGCCGGCCUGCCCAUGGGAGACGUCGUGGUCGACCCCCACCUCGUCGUGCACCUAAGGCCACACCAGCGAGAAGGGGUCGUUUUUCUUUACGAGGCCGUCAUGGGCAUGAGGUCUCCUGCUGUUCAGGGAGCCAUCUUGGCCGAUGAGAUGGGCCUGGGGAAGACCCUGCAGUGCAUUGCGCUCGUGUGGACGCUGUUGCGGCAGGGCCCGUACGGCAAUCGGCCCUCCCUACACAAGGUGCUGAUCGUCACUCCCGGAAGCCUGGUGCGCAACUGGAGCCGUGAAUUUAACAAGUGGCUGGGCGUGGAGAGAAUCCGCGUCUUCACCGUUGACCAGGAACACAAGGUGGAGGAGUUCAUGAAGUCGCCCAUCUACCCGGUGCUCAUCAUCAGCUACGAAAUGGUGCUGCGCUGCAUCGAUGCUGUGCGCGUUAUCCCCUUCGGCCUCGUCAUCUGUGACGAGGGUCACCGCCUCAAGAACAGCAGCAUCAAAACGGCGUCGGCCAUCGACAGCCUGCCCUGCAAGCGACGCAUCCUCCUCACGGGUACGCCCAUUCAGAAUGACCUGCAGGAGUUUUAUUCCAUCGUGGAGUUUGUGAACCCUGGGAUACUGGGCUCCGCGGCAGCCUUCCGGAAGGUGUUUGAGGAACCCAUAGUCCAGUCACACCAGCCCUCUGCCUCCCUGGAGGAUAAGCAGCUGGGGGAGACGCGCGCUGCCGAGCUGCAGCGGUUGACGGGCCUCUUUGUGCUGCGGCGCACGCAAGAGAUCAACGAGCGCUACCUGCCGCCCAAGCGGGAGUUUGUGGUGAUGUGCCGACCCACGCCACUGCAGAUUCAGCUCUACCGCAGGCUUCUGGCGUCUCCGGCCGUGCGGAGCUGUCUGAACCGCGUGACCACCGACCGUAGCCCUCACCUCGUGUGCAUCAGCGCUCUCAAGAAGCUUUGCAAUGAUCCUUGCCUCCUGUACAAGACGCUGCAGAAAGCAGAAGCUCUCCGUAAGGGGCAGAAAAAGCAAGACACCGAGGAAGAGUCGGAUGUGUCUCUAUACGACGGACUUUACGAGGAGUUCUCUUUGAUCUACAACCCAGAGAGCACCAGCAAACUAGAGUCGGGGAAGCUGCGCGUGCUAGCUCGGCUGCUGGAGGCCAUGCAUCAAAAAACACCCGUUGAGCGGGUGGUACUGGUAAGCAACUCCACCCAGAUGCUCGACGUCCUGGCUCGCUGCUGUUCAAGCUGGGGCUACAGCUGGGCGCGACUGGACGGCACAACGCCCGUGUCCCAACGACAGCAUCUUCUGGAGAACUUCAACAGCCGCUUCUCCACGCACUCCGUAUUCCUGUUGAGCUCCAAGGCCGGAGGCGUGGGCCUCAACCUCGUCGGAGCUUCCCGCCUCGUCCUCUAUGACAUCGACUGGAACCCUGCCAAUGACAUCCAGGCCAUGGCCAGGGUAUGGCGUGAUGGACAGCACAAGACCGUGCAUAUUUACAGGUUUCUGACCACAGGAACUAUCGAGGAGAAGAUUUACCAGCGCCAGGUGAGCAAGCAGGGCCUGUCCGGCAGCGUGGUGGAUGCGGCGUCGUCGGCGCGCUCGGAGCACAUCCGCUUCUCGCUGGAGGAACUGCGCAACCUGUUCACGCUGCACGAGGGGACUUGCUGCUUCACGCAUGACCUCCUGGGCUGCCCUUGUCAAGGAGAUGGCGGAAUCUUGUCUGGAGCAAAUAAAGACAGCCUGGUGGAGCGUACAUGUCAGCUGGGCCGGGCGAGAAACUCUUCUUCGUCGGCUCAGCGCAGCACCAAGGCUUUAUCCAUGGCCGAGCUGAUGGAGUGGCAUCAUUUAUCUUCUACUGGACUAAGUUCACUGCCCGACCCAGACCUGUACCAGGCGGCAGAUGACAUUACGUUUGUCAUGCACAAUGAAACCAAGCUUUGCUCGGAAACCACAGCGCUCACUGACAGUGUACCAUGAACGGUCCACCAACCCCUCUUUGUGGCACUUUAACACAUUUGCCUUUAUACAAACACUUGCCUAUUUAAUGUUACAGUGGUUGGGAACUUAAUUGUUGAAUUGAAUGUGUGUAUAUAUAAGAUACAUUGCCAAAGCCUCUCGCAUUUGAAUAGCUUAUAUCCUUGAUAUACACGGUGUCCGUAAAAGGUAUCGUCCAUUAUUUAAGAAUUGUAAUCAGACAGCAGUUUGUUUGUGGUCGAAUGUUGGAGUUUGGCAAAAGGUAAAGUGCAGAACACCUGGGACUCUGAAAUCCCAAUACGAUGUGCGUUGUCAAUGCCAUGGCUGACGUGGGUAGGUUCGAGGCCUGAAACUCGAUCCAAUUAAAGCUUCUUUACCACUAGGUGUGUAGUUUUAUUGACCUAGCUUAAACUGCUGUGUAAUUAACAAUGGACAAUACCAUUAUUGACACCCUUUAUUUUUUUAACAGUUCAUGAAACGAAAUAAAUUGGACAUUGUAAACUUGGUCAAUGCAGACACGUCUUGCGUUGCUAUCAUCCACUACAGUCACAACAUGCUCAGGAUUCAAUUGUGGGUAAAGGCUCUUGAGGUCUAUUCCACCCCCUGCCCUUUAGAUUGCUCUGUGUAACAGAUUAAGAUGUCUUAAAUGGUCAAUCCAUUUUUAAACAAGAUUUGUGUUGCUUUAAAAAAAAUUAGAUCAUGUUCUUGUGAGUGCGUGUUAACUCAAUAAAACAGUGCGACAUGUUUUUAAAUAUACUUUAAGGGUAGAUAGAUAGACAUUUGAGGUUUUAAAAUAUCAGCAUGGUAUUUAUUUUCAAUGCCAAUUCUUAAGUGUUUUUGUUUGAUUUGUGGUUUCUUUUUUCUUUUUAUUAUGCUUCAUUGUUUGGCAAGGACAUGCAUUUUUCCUUAAUUGUUUGUACACGUUACUGACAUUUACAAUUGUGGUUAUAGUUUAUUUAAAGCCAUGAAUUCUCCAGGACACUUUCUAUUUAAACAGCAUCUAAAUGCAGCCACAUCUUAAAGAUGCUCUUCAGACACAGCGGGCAUAUUUAUUCGUGGGGGGAUGUAGCGAACUGAUGUUGUUUGGCAGAGGCAAAGAAGGUCUUGAGUCUGGACAAUAACGGGUAGGGUGUAGACAGCACGGACAUUUGGGGGAAUGGCGUUCCAGACGUUGGAGGCAGUAGUGGAGAACGAGAGACCUUCCACUGAGUGACGCGGGAGCCAUUUCUUUAACAAUAGCAGCGGUGGCAGCUUAGAGUACGGUCCAGUUAAAGGUGUGUCGAAACACAUUGUCCUGCGGAGGGAGCUGGUAGGAACGUUGGGUUGCUCGGUCAAUGGCCAGGGUCAACGGCGGCGUGGUGUAUUCCGCAAAUAUGGCCGACUGUGAGGGCGGGUACAAGCCGGCGUGAGUCGGUUAAACGUUGAGUUUUAUAAGGGCACCACGGGGUGACCAGCCCCUCCCCACCCUCCCUUCACGACGGACGGAUGGACACAAUAAUCCCCUGUGAGCUGUUGUAACCAGUAUAACAAUGUUCUGUUUUUACUUGAGGUACAUUCGCAAACAAAUCGUUGGGGAAAGAGUGCGGUCAUUCAUGAAAUUAAAAGGUAACUGGGGAGUUAUUUGGAUCAAUAAAUGGAGUUAAUAUUUUGGGAGCGAUUCAUGUCCUGGCAAAAAAGUUGCUGCCAAAAUGUGGAGGGGGAAAUGGAUGCCUCGUCACCAAUUUCUGCCGAUUUGGAUGAAAAACUGCAACGUUUUAGCUAAUAAGUCAUUCUCAAAUGAAAUGUGUGAGCAUUUGUAUUUGCAAUGUAUCGCUUGAAUGUGUUUUUAAAAGUAAUUUUGUUUUGUUUUGAAAUAAAAGUACCUUACAUACAUCGUCA